UUGUCUGUUGGAUACGGGAAAUGCUGAGUUUGAAAUUUUGCGGAUUGCUCCGAUGAGUUACAAGCGGGAAAUUAUAAGGGGUUUGUUUACAUCUAACAGAGUAAGAUUUAAACACACAUUUAUAGCAUUCUUUCCCUUUAGCGCUUUUGCACUAUUUAUAUAUCAACCUUCACAGAUGCACAGAAGCCAACAUUAUGCCGGUGGUGACGAUUAUUUAUUACAUGUAUUUGUAAUUUCGAUUAAUGGGGCAUUUUCUCCAACAUAGGUACAUGCAUUCUUUCUGAGGUUAGAGAUGACUAAAGAAAAGGAUGAUAACUUGUCGAGGUCUACAAAAUGAUCUCCAUAAGCGUUGCAAGGGGUUUUUGAUAUCUGAUUCAUGUUAGUAGUUUCAGAGGUCUUUCAAUGUUUGAAUUACUUCUAUUUAAGUUGACUGUCAUCACUAAACCAAAAUUCUUCUUCCUUAAUUUGUUUUCUUUUCCUCAUCAGAUCAGGUUAGAUUGGUCCAUAAUUACUGAAUGGCAGACAGAUGGAUGGAGUGAUCAACUGACUUAUGGACCGACUGACUGACUGACUGAGUGCAGGACUGUUUGCAGUUUAACUGGCCAACUGACUGAAUGACUGACUGACUGACUAUCCAACUGACUGGCUGACUGACUGAAGAGAAAAUGAACAAAUGAAUAGAUGGACUGAUGGAUGAACAAGCUGACUUCCUAAGUAUCUGAGAGACUGACUUACUUACUGACUGAUUAACUUACUGACAGACUUACUAAUUUACUUACUAACUGACUUACCAACCUCCUGGCUGAAUCUUGUGGACUUUCCCAUUCAUUUCUUUGCUGAACCAGGUAAGAAAAACUAGUACUUGAGCCUUUAGUUGACCAGGUUCUGUACCUGACUAGGUCAUUGGGGCUCUUACUUGGUGUAGAAGACACAGUAUUCGUCACAGUAGAAUUUCAUCACAACUGGAAAUAAGAAAACAAUGAAAACAAUAGUGUGACAUAUACUGUGUCUUCUACGCCAAGUAAGAGCCAUCAUUGCAGUGCAUUCUUGGGGAGGAUUCUUUACUCUCACCCUACCUCUCUCUACCCAGGAGGACAAAUGGGUAGGGGCAAGCUGUCAGGAAAACCUGUUGCAAUGUGAGGAGUAUCCUGGGAUGGGCAAGCACUCCACCCAGUGGGGAUUAGCUGUACUUUCUGGUUGUUUUAUGCUUAGGGUAUGAGGACAAGUUACAGCCAGAUGAGUGACUUGGCUCAAUUGUAGGCUUUAACCUCAACCCACUUUUUUUUUUCUUUUUUUUUUUUCAUAAGAGAGUAAAGGUAUAGGGUGGGACCCAGAAGUCUUUAUAGUAUCAGCUAGUCUUAUUACUCCAUGUUACAGUUCUGGUUAUAUUAUGAAUCUAUACCUCAUGGAUCACUAUGAAUCUGGGCCAUACAUAUUCAAAUUGUCUGGAAAAUGUUGCUUUGAAAAGGUUUAUUCUAGGGGUUCACUACCAUUCUUUGGGGGAAGAAGGCUAUAAUUGUUGAGGUACUUAAGGAUUACAUCUGCCUUAGGAAUGAUCUAUUUUAAAAAUAAUGAAGAUGAAAAAUUUUCACAGUGAGCCACCCAAUUUGUUCUUUCAAAUUUCUUGGUAAGAAAUAUGUUUAUUUUUUUUUUGUUUGGGAGGUGGGGAGUUAGGGGUGAAUCUCCUGCAUAAAUUUUUCUUCCUUUAAGAAGAAGUUUGACGGGCGAAUCAUGCAGAUUUCAUUCUUAGCUGUCACUUAGCAAGUUUUAAAUCUUGUAUUUGCUCUUUCUGCUGUAGAUUUCUCAAUGCUCCAUCACUUGUGUUUAUUAUUGACAAGAACUAUAAACCAAAUAAACCAUGGUUAUACAAUGUAUGUGAUCUUUCUUUGUUUUUGUGUUUUGAAGGCCUACAACAGUCAAGCCUUACAUGAGUUUGGUUGUAUUGGCAUAGCAAUCUACAAGCUUCACUAUAAUUUUAACAGGUUAGAAAGUUCUACUUCCAACUUGCUCUAGAUCUCUUUUGUUAACCAAGGCUGAUUCUUGCAAAGCAUCAUCCAGCACAUAUUCGUUUUGAAUUUUUUCCUCGUGGCUUAAUUUAUUACACAGACAGAGAUGUUCAAAUUAACUGUGCGUGUCACUCAGCUUUGAAGGAGAAACAGGAAGUAAUGGUUGGGGUCUUUACCAUCACUUACAGCGUAGUUUAUCACUUCGUUAAAAGGGGAAUGCAUUACUAAAUAAUAAAUCUAUAUUCAAAUGGUGAAAUAUCCAUCUAUUAUGAGUUGGCCUUUGAUCAAAUCACGAAAUUUUCCUUCUGUUGUUGUAGUAUUUCAAAUUAACACCUAGAAAAUAGCGAAAGAGUCGCAAGUAUGGAAAACAUGAAACCGAAAGUUGACUUUCGGGCUAAACCCCGAUGCGUCAUUAGGAAAAAAUUUGUUUACAGAAGACAUUUCUCACUUGAUAAAGAUGAAAUAUGUUUUGGCAGAGAUCAAAAGUUAUUGCUUAGUCAGCGUUUCUGAAAAUUCUGUUAUUUUUGGGACCUUACACCAAGCGUGAAAUUAAAUUCAAUUCAAUUCAAGUGUCAACGGUCUCAUUGGAUAAUCGGCCAACAAAAAACGAUAAUUGCAGCAUAUUAUAAUAAUUUAUGGCCCGUGUAGUUACGUUUUAUAGGUUAAGCAAAGUAGAGCUCAUCAGAGCGGCAUUGAACGUCAUAGACACAAUAUCAGGGAAAUCUUUCAAGGAGGUUGUUUGAAAGACUUAGUCAUCAAUCAAAGGUAAAUUAUUUUACCCUUUUUUGUCAGAUCUCGCCAGCUUCCUAUUGAAGUAAGGGGCUUCUGGUCCAAUUCCAGUCGAUUAAGUGUUGAAUUUCCGACAAACUUGUGCCAUGAUUUUCAACUUGCGUUUUCUUUGUCUAAGAUAGCAAAAUUAGGUCGUAGUUUUGGUUUAUUUACAUUCAGAUUUCUCAAAAGUCGAUAUCAUUACCAGAACUGUCGCUGGAACCGUAAAAUUCUGCGAUACGACUUCGGAAUUAGCAAUCUUGCAUUGUUAAUGCUUUCGCGAGGGAACUAAAAAAGCGAAAGGAUAAAAACGUUAUUUGUAAACCAAGAAAGUGAGGGAAAAAGUAACCAAGAGGAGAAGAUAUUAUUUAGGUGAACGUGAUUUCUCUCUUUUGGUCUAAGCAUUUUCAAAAGUGGAAGUUUUCAUUUUCGCUCGAAAUUGCAGUCGAGAGUAUAAUCGAAAUAGAUAAUUUUUUUCAGCGUUUUCGACCGGUCUUCUUUUUGGCGAUAACUAAUGAUAGGGCGAUACAUUAAUAAGCCAGUGUGUUUUAUUAUACGUUUAAUGCAUUUAACGUUAAUUUUUUGGUGGUUAGUCGAACACGCACUUUGAAAAUAUUAUCUAUUUUUAGUAUUGUUUACAUGUAUGUCAUAAAUUUCGCGGGGAUUCCCCUUGGUUAUGUUAUUUGCGUCGAUUUAAAUCAUGCGUGCAGCUUGUCAAAACAAUCAUUGCUAAAAUUAUCGAAAAUCCAUAUCAGUUACAAACAAUGGAAAAGUAUGACUGAAAAUUUCACACUUCCUGCUAAACAAAAAGUAAAUUUCGUGAUUGCGUGAUCUCGAAAUUUUGAUUUUCCUUUACACAGCACUUUCAGUUUCAAUUUCAACGCAUGUAUUUCGAUCAGUCGUCAUUGUUAUGUUAUUCUUUGGGAUCCAAAUAAACUGACAAUUAAUCCCUUACCCUUAGAAGCUCCCUAACUCUUUUUAGCGUUCCUGAGUGGUCUAAAUUAGAUCGAUAAUACUAGGAUGAUUACUUAGGUGGACGUUUCUUCUAAAGCUUUUUCUCGCACAUUCAGCUGUCAUUUGUAAUUGUGUUGUCUCACACAUUUUUGAUUCAGCGGCGAUUCAGUGCGGUUAUCCCGGACUCUCUGAGUCCUGAAGUCUACUAAAAUAGCUCUCAAGCACAUGAUGUCAUAUACAAAAGAGCUUCGUUUGCACUUUCGGUUUCAAUUUUCCUUUGUUUUAAAUAUAAAAGUCUUUAGGUCUAAAUCGUCACAUCCAUUUUCGAAAGAGAACAACUUUGUUAAACUAGAAGCCUUGUUGGUGCCCUCGUGAAGUCGAAACAGUCGGUCUGGCGCGAGUUGUGCUGUAUUUUCGAACGCUGCCUCAGGGUAAGUUUGAAUGCAAAAUGCAAACGAUAGAGGAUUUAUAAUCCUUGAGAUGAGGCUCAUACGUCAGUUUGUUAUUGCACGCGAACUGAUUUUUAACUGAUCUUUUCACCUUCGUUGCCAAAAAAUUAAUGAACGUAUCCCAAGCUGCCUUCAAGUCACUAAAUUAGUGAUGAAGGAAUAUGAAUGAAGAAUUUAGAUCAGACAAAUGAGCAAGAACAAAAUUUUGCUCCUUUAACAGUAUUAUGCUAAGCUAUUCAUCGGAACUGUGAUUUUGGGGGUAAUACUUCUGGAAUAAACAGCAAUAUUACAUGUUGAUGCUUUCAUUUGAAUCCUACAGUGACGAUAAUUCUGAAUCCAGUAUGAUAUCUCAUCUUCACAAAAGUCUAAAUGAGCAAUCUUUUCUAAACUGACCUAACUUCGUUUAAGAAAGACGUCACUUAACAUGAUCAUAACUUGUCGUAAUGGUAUUGCGGGAUAUUUCCAUUUGUCUGGGUCGUAUUUGUUGGCCGAAAAAUAAAAUUCCUUUCGAAGGCUAACAGCACGACGAAAAUCACCUUCGGGUAAACUAAGCAGAAUUACCAACAUUCUUUAAUUAAAUUAUAGAGACAAAAAACCAACAUGAGCCUUGUACCUAUUCCUUGAUCCUAUUAGUAAGCAUUCAGUUUUUCUCUGAUGAUCCCCAAUCCCACCCCUGUAAGUGCUAAAGCUGACUGAUAUCCCUUCCCUUGAGAGUUUCGCUCUUUCAUACUAUCACAUAUCCCCUCAAAAUAAAUAAAAAAGGAAAAGAUGAAAAAUCCUCUGGCAGCUUUGGAGGGGUAAGGAAGCCCUCCACUCUCUUCUAAAUCUGGAUCAAACUAUCCUUUCUGUGUCUUAAUUUCAGAUUUUUCCGUAGGUAAAGGAAGAAAAAUGUGGAGACAUCUGCUCACGGAAACUGUGCCGCUUUUGACAGGGCCGUGUCGGACAGCUGGUGUUUCAACGCUAUCGCGACAUACGGUAAGUUCAGAAACAAGCACAUGUCCAGAAUUCAUAAGUUUUGAAAACUCACCGUCCUUCUUGGGUCCUGAAAAAAUCGCGCUGGGAAGCAUGAGUGGGGCGGGGGGAGGGGAAGCAUGGGUGGGGCGGGGGAAGGGGGAGCAUGAGUGGGGGGGGAGGAGGAAGCAAAAUGUCCAGCGUGAAAUUAUUAUACUGAUUCUCUGACGCAACCGCGGCAGUUGUAAUCUACACCUGGGAACAUGACACAGGAAUGAAGUGAUAUUAUCUAUGCUUUUCGAAAAUCAACCAAGUUCAUGAUAUCUGGCGUAAAAUUACCGUGAAUCAUAGAAACAAGUCCACCGCCAGGGACGUGACCUGAGUUCGAGAUUUACAGGAUAAAAUUUACAAUCAUAUACUAAAUCGAAAUGCACAGCUUGCGAAGUCACUAACAUUCUAAACAUAGAGAGUAAAAGAAGAGUAACCUUUUAAAGGAGUAACGCCGUAGAGGAGGGGCAGGAUGGGUUAUACUGAGGGACUAGUCAUUUUGCAUUGGGGGGGGUCGGAGGAUUUUGAUUGUGUCGCAAUAAAUUUUAUCAAACCCCUCCCUAAGGCUCUGUAGUAUUCUUAUGACCACCCUCUCACUAACAAUUGAUUUUCUAUGGUUCCCACUUUUAUAUUCUGUUAGCGACGACCGACCCCUCCGACGAAAUCCAUUUGAUCCCCCAAAGUUCUCCGACCGCCCCCCCCCCCUUUUAUUUAUUUCUUUUUAGGCGACUAAAAAAAUUACUGUACCUUGGUUGCAUCACAGAAUUUCACGCCCAGGGAUGUGUCCUCCUUUAAUGAUCUUUACUUGAUAACUUUUUUUUUUUCAGAACUUUGCUGGUCAUCAUAACAACCUGACACUUGGCGCUAAGCAGAGUUCCUUCGUGAAAAUAAUUAAGUCAUUGUGGCACCGUGCAUUUUCUUCCGCAAGCGGUGAGUAUACCUGUUCAACUGAUUCCGUCGAGUUAUUUUGCAGUUACUCCCAUUAUUCUUAAUGUACUUAAUAUUCCACAGGUGACUUGAGUGGAAUCUGGUACAACCAGUUUGGUUCAAAGAUGCAAAUCAUCCUUCUGGAAAACGGAGAGUUGAUAGGAUUUUACGUCAACUGUACACCUGGUUCUAAAGCUGCCAGAGAAAAAUUGACUGGUUUUGUGGGAAAAGACGAACACGCUUCUCGAUUUGGCUUUACCGUCGACUUUCAGGUAAGUAAGGAAAAAUUACAUUGUUUUGCAGGAGUUUUACUGGUCAUGGUUAAACUUUGUAACCUCCUGGUUAUCGUGCUGGACUCUUGUUUGAGAAUUUUUUGUUCUGUGUCAGUGACUAAGAUACUUGACCCUCACAGUGCCUCUGCCAUCCUAGGAGAAUACAGUGGUACUAAAGAACUGUCUAAGAAGAUUAAGUAAAUGUUUGAGUGGGAAAGGGAGGAGACCAGCGAUGAACUUACACUCUUUUAGGAAGAGUAGAAAUAUUCCUGGUCGGUAUGAAACCGGGAUAAACUCCCACAGAAUGGACACUGAGCUUGUGUGCAGAUUAGAACCUUUUUGCCUUUUUAAUAGCGGAGCUCGCAGAGCGUAGCCCCAUAAUUAUACAAAAUAGUAGUAGUAACCCAUCAAGCCGAAAAAAUUUGUAUGUACGACCGUACGACCGUACAAGGUGCUACUUUUGACAUACGUGGUCAACUCUACCGCGGGCACGCCAACGCCACGGCUUUGUCCAGUAGUCCAGUGGUCAGUGCACUGGGCUCCGAGUCGGACGACCCGGGUUCUAGUCCUGGCCGGGGCAAGGCGUUGUGCCCUUGAGACGUGCGGGAAAAAAAAUGCGAGCUCCGCUUUUAGGCUUGGCUAAAUCUAUAUAUUACUUGGUCCGAACAGCAUUGAGGAGCGGAAGUAAAUUUCUGAACACUGCAUUUCUCCCCACCAACAAUCUGCUAGAGAAACCUGGCAGAUAAAAUUUAAACAUGAGAUGCAACUGAAACUUAAGUGUGAGUUACUACUGAAUAAACCUGGCUGACCUAGCGAACACAUGUAAUGUUAUUUUUCCGCCCAUGAUCGAAGGAAUAACGAGAAUUUGACGUUAAUAUCUCAUUAGUUUGACUAAGCGAGAGGUUAACACGUCAUGUUCAUGACCAGUGAAGUAAGAAUUGACUACAUUUUUAAAAAAAUUUUGCUGUGUAGAAUGGGCGGUAUACCACGACCUGGACCGGACGUUGCAUCAAAGAAGGAAGCGCCGAUGGUGAAGAAGUUCUGUUGACUAACUGGAUUAUGAACCCUAACCCGGAAGAUGGUGCGCAACACCUGGAAUCCAUUCAUGUCGGCCAGGAUCGCUUUACAAGGAAGCCUCAGACCCCUGAGAAGUUGCCGUCUUUUGACGAUUCGCAACCGGAGUCUAAGGGCUGGAUGCUAUCCUACUAAGCGUACCCUAUUUUAGUAGUGCUUCUCACUGGAUUGUGCACUCGGGUCCUCUCGCUUAACGCAGCUCAACUCCUUACAGGGCUCCUGUCUCACAGGGCUCCUGUCUCACAGAGCUCCUGUCUCACAGGGCUCUUGUCUCACAGGGCUCGAACUAGCUAAAAUGAUACAGCAGAACAGUUUCUUUAGACACGACACCCUCAGUGUUCACCACUCUUUUCGAUUUGUUGUAGUUAAUGUGGCAUGGUUCUUAAUCACCAAUUCCUCGUUCAUCAUUUAAAUUCUAGUUCUUGAAACAGUUUGGAGCAAUUCAGUGAGUGAAGUACAAAGUCAGGCAUGGGUAGCUUCAAAAGCAACGGCCAAUCCCGAAAACUGGGAAAUUACUCAGACAUUUUAACUGAAAACGCCUGUGUUAUUUGCUCAGAAAUAUACAUUGUACCUAGUUUUUAAACUAUUCUUAACGGCAUGUAUUCCAAAAAAAGCAUUUCGAACCCCCUUUGUGAGAAACUAGCCAUGGCUCUGGUAUCCAGCCUUGAUUAAUUCAAGUAAAUCAUCAGGAAAGUGGAUAUGUAUUGAAGGUUUCUGAGCCUGUGCUAUGUUAUAUGCCUUAAGAUUUUAUUUUACACGCUUAGAAAUAUUACCUAAGUGAAUGCGACGUAGGUAGGUUUGAAGCCGUAUGCCCGACGGCAUAUUCUUUCGGGCACCAAGUCCUCCAUUUGUGCAAAACUAACAGUAAGCUAGUUCCGACCAAAAUAUCCAGCCUUAACUCAUUCAAGCAAACAUGUGACCGUGUAAUGUUUCGGGCCAAAAAUUUUUGUUGUACAGUAGAUAGUUUUUUUAAAUUUAUUUUGAUAAGAUUUUUACCGGUAUAUUAUUUUUUGAUUUGACAUAUUUUUGCACUUUAAAGUUUUUUUCCAUCUCGUUGUGAAAUCAUGAGUUUCUUCAAUUAGUUUCAUUAAAUUAAUUAUAUUGACGUGCACUUAAAUAAAGUUGUUGUUAUACAGUCUCCUGUAAUGGUCGAUAUCAAUAACAGCCGCUCAUGAAGGGUAAAAUUUUACACUGACACGGGGUCCUCUUGGACCACUGUUUUUCCGGGGGG